CCUGCGGCUCUCGACCGUGAACGGAACAGGAUCCGCUCGCCGUUUCCUAAAGGCUCUGUGUCUCGUGAGGAGCCAGGAAAACCGCUCCAAAUGUCAACUUGUGCAGUGACAAACUUCAACAAUGGCUUGGAGGCCAGUUCAGACUCUGAUGACGAGGACAAGCUACACAUUGUGGAGGAGGACAGCCUGCAGGAGCCUGAGGUCGCCGAUGCUGAUGGGACCACACCGCAGGACAGCCAUGACGCCACCACCACAACAGUAUUACCCCACAACGGCUCCUGGAAUGGAGUGAAGGAGGAGUGUGUGUCAGAAGAGGAGGAGGAUGAGGUGGUGAAGGAUGCUCUAGUGGAGGAGAUUCUCCAGCAGGGAGACACAGCCAUCAUCUAUCCUGAAGCCCCCGAGGACGAGCAGAGUCCAACGGAGACAGGAGGUGCUGAUGAAAACGGCACACCAGAUUCCUUCUCCCAGUUACACACUUGCCCCUACUGCUCCCGGGGCUACAAGCGCAACGCCUCGCUGAAGGAGCACAUCAAGUAUCGCCACGAGACCAGCGAGGACAACUACAGCUGCUCACACUGCAGCUACACCUUCACCUACCGCUCGCAGCUGGAGAGGCACAUGAGCCACCACAGGGGCGCCAGGGAGCAGCUUCACGUUUCCCAGUCGACAGGAGGAUCAGGAGGAACAGGUGGAACGCGCAAGUUCAAGUGCACCGAAUGUUCCAAGGCCUUCAAAUAUAAGCACCACCUGAAGGAGCACCUGCGCAUUCACAGCGGUGAGAAACCAUACGAAUGCUCAAACUGCAAGAAGCGAUUCUCCCACUCAGGCUCCUACAGCUCCCACAUCAGUACUAAGAAGUGUGUGGGUGCAGCACCCCCCAACGGCGUCACUCGGACGUCGAUCAAAUCCCCCCCGCCCCCCACCCAGACCACGCCUGUUGUAAUCGCCCCAGCCCGCGUGGUUCUCAAAGAGAAGACUGAGAGUAAACCCCUCCAGGAGCAGCUCCCCGUCACCCAGAUCAAAUCUGAACCUGUGGAAUACGAGUGCAAGCCUGCGAUGGCAGCACCAGCAACUUCAGCUGGUACCAACGGAGUGGUGAACGGAGGGACUGCUCAGCCAGCUGUGGUCCCAGCCGCAACCCUGCCCCAGGGCGUGGCUAUGGUCGUGCCCACAGUGGGCCUGAUGUCGCCCAUCAGCAUCAAUCUGAAUGACUUGCAGAAUGUGCUCAAGGUUGCGAUGGACGGAAAUGUGCUCAGGCAGGUGCUGGGCACAGCCAACGGGGUGGUGACGCAGGGGAAGCAGGGAAUUGUAGUCCAGCAGCCUCAGCAGCAGAUCAUCAGCCUGCCGGCUUUCGUGGAUCACGACGGCACCACGAAGAUCAUCAUCAACUACAGCAUCAGCCCUGCGGCUGCCACCACUGCCACUUCCCAGCCUGCAUCGCUUGUUGUCAAAAACAAUCCUCCUCCUGCUCCUGCUGUGAGUAGCACUGCUGCAGCUCCCACCCCGACCAAAACAGAUAAAUCCCCAACCCCUGAGGUGGCAGACCUCACCAUCAUCAAGGCGGAGCCAGAAUCAGUGCCCGUCACAGACGUGGCGACAGAGGCAGCCUCACAGACAGAAACAGAAACUGUUAAACCUGCAGACACAGCUCAGAUGCCAAAAGCCAAGAGCACCAGUACAUGUUUACUAUGUGAUGACUGUCCCGACAACCUGGAGGCGUUGCAUCUCCUCCAGCAUCGUAAAGCAGCCAAUGGGGAAGCUGUUGACUGUGCCGCCCUGGACCCCUCAUUUGCUGCUUUGUUAAGCGAGGCAGGAGUGACCCUGGAGGAGCCGCCUGUGGACGACCUCCUGUCGCUCCUCAAGACCUACUUCGCCUCAAAUGCCAACCCCAGUGAGGAGGAACUGACAAAGAUCUCAGAGUCUGUUAGUAUUCCCGUAGAUGUGGUCAGAAAGUGGUUUGCCAAGAUGAACUCUGGGAAAAAUGUGGGGAAAAACCGCAGUGACACUACAGCGGUUUCCAAAAAGACUGAAACCACAAAUUCCAGCUCAAAGGACACUUCAAAUCAGAAUGGAACGGAAGAAGAGGACGACCCCGAGGAAACAUUCAACAAAGUCUCAUCAGAAUCUGGAAACACUUCUCCGUCAGACUCCAGCCUCAACGCCGGGGACCUCGUCAUUGUGAAAAGCGAGCCUGAAGACCCAGAGGCCCCAGACUCCCAGGCAGAGCCCCUGGACCUCUCCCUCCCUAAACAUAUUGCAGCAGCAUUGGAAAUGGAUACGAGCGCUCCUCCCGCCAAGCAGCAGGAACAGCCUCUGAAUCUGACCUGCCUGAGGAAGGAGCAGCUCGAGGGUCAAACCAUCUACGUCACCGCACCUCAGACCGGAAGACCUGUCAACAUCGUCACUGCCGCACAGCUCCCCACGUUAGUGGCCAUCGCUGGUCAGGGCACUGUGGGCUGUCUCAGCGCCAUCAACACCACAACGAAGCGAACCAUCCUCAUACCCCAGCUCACCUACACCUAUGCUACUACGGCCGGCAAUGCCUCCGGAGCGAAGACUGUCGUACUCAAUGGCCAUAAGCAGGAGAAACGUGCGGACAGCAGCUCAGAUGCCGCGCCCACAGCGGAGGAGCAGAACGACUCCGAUUCAGCCGGACUGAUGAAGAAGCGACGCCUGGAAAACGGCGUCUACCCCUGUGAUCUCUGCUCCAAGGUCUUCCAGAAGGGCAGCUCCCUGCUCAGGCACAAAUACGAACACACAGGAAAACGGCCUCAUGAGUGCAACGUCUGCAAGAAGGCCUUCAAACACAAACACCACCUGAUCGAACACUCGAGGCUGCACUCCGGCGAGAAGCCCUACCAGUGUGACAAGUGUGGGAAGCGCUUCUCUCACUCCGGCUCGUACUCCCAGCACAUGAACCACCGUUACUCCUACUGCAAGAAGGACGGGUCCAGCUCUGGCUCCGGCUCUGCACCGCGCAGGGUUCAGACCGAGCUCGGCAGCCCCGGCGCCGGGCCGCAGUCGGACAGCCGGACCACGACCCCGCCCUCCCAACUGGACUCAGACGAGAGGGAGAGCGAGGAAGAGGAGGACGAAGACGACGAGGCCAUGUGCAUGGACGACAUCCGGGUCGUUCAGGUGGACGACGGCGAGUGUGAGAUCUACGAGGGUAACUUUGACGACGAUGAGGAAGACGGGGAGGAAGAGAUGGCAGAGGAAGAGACGACAGGAGAAGAGGAGGCGGACAGAGAAAAGGUGGAUAAGGAGUUUGUGUGUGAUGUGGUGGAGAUUGAGCUGGGGGACGAUCACGUAGAGGAGGACGAAGAGAUGGAGGAAAGAACCGAAGAAAAGCAGGAAGCAGCAGGUGCGGAAAGAGAGGAAAUGGCAGACUGUGAAGCAAAUACAGACAAAAGCGUCACGGAGGGGUCAGACAGCACCGAACCCUCAGAGGAAGUGGUGACAAACGCCAAAUAAAAGGAAGGAAAAUCUCUUCUGGGACGGUUCGAAUGUGUCGGUCAUUAAAGUCGAGUUAAUUAAGACAAAACCGCAUCUUGCCAUCAGAAGAAAGUCACGGCGGUUGCCUAACGGUCCACUACUGUGUACAAAAACCCAGGUGUGCCUGAACUUGAAAAAAGAAAAAAAGAAAAAAGAAAAAAACAACAGUGACUUUUUUUCUUGUGAAAAUUAAAUAUCAGUGUUAAAAUUGUUUAUAGAAGUACAAAUUUUAAAGCAAAACUCACCCAUCAACUUGUUAGACUUGUUACUGAGACAUCCCAGGUUGUUUUGUUUGGUUGUUUGUUUGUUCGUUUGUUUUUAUUUGGUCAGUGUUACUAAUCUUGUUCUUGUUUGAAACAUUUUAACCUGUAAAGAUGAGAAAGAUUUCUAUACCUUUUUAUUGCCAAUGAAGUUUCCUAAAUCAGUAUUUUAUUGAGUUCUACGAACAAAAACCUCUGCACUACAGUAUUCCUGGUUUACCUAUGGAUACAUGCCUCAUGCAUCGUAUGCCCUUCAGUGUUAUAUAUGUACACUAGCUAGCGAGAUGUUGUUUGUGUUAGUGUUAGUCUUUGCUAGCUAGCAUUACCUUUGUUUUCAGUUUGACUGUUAGCCUUAAGGAAAACAAAGUAUUCUUGGGGAGGGUUGUGGGCGGGAUGGGGAGUCCGGGAUGAGAACGUGGCUUCUGUACGCCAUAACCAAAUUUGUCCUAUCAGGGAAGGUAGAGUCACAAACUCAAAGCCAGCAUCAGGCGCCCGUGUUUUUCAACCCGGCGUAGCCCGAACGAGAGUAGCCGCCAGGUGAAGAUUCAAAAGCAGGCUCCACCCGUCCGGCUUCAGCUGUGGUUCUGAAACACAGGCGCCGGUUCUUACCAAGCUUCUCCUCGUUUUGGCUUUAGUUCUCAGUCAGUGUUUCAGUGUUAUUAGCUUAUAUAUACGAAGUCAUACCGUACGUGAAGGAACGGGGCUGUUUCCUGCUCCACCCCAAUGCCUCCAGCCUUAUGCAAGACCUGUGUGCUGUUAAAAGUGCCAUUGAACAGUGUUAUCAUUUCUUCUUCACACAUGUAGCCAGUAUUAUGUUCCUCUGUUACUUAAACAAGACACAUAUUGACUAAUGUUUGUUGACUUGCACAGAACAGCAAAUUUAUGUGACAGUAAGUGAAACAGUUCCUGUGAAAUUAAUGCAGAGGCCUUGAACAGUAUUUGAACCACACAUGAAAGUUGGGAAACAGUAUCAGGGCUGCAACUAACAGUUACUUUUAUCAGUUAAUCUGCCUUUGAGUUUGCUUAAUAACCAAUUCAUCUUUCACAGUGAUCAGCUUGGACAAACCAGUAAUAAUACCAGUUCCUCACACUGAAGAAGCUGAAAGCAGAGGAGUAACAAACAGUUAAUCCGUUCUCAGAAUAGCCACACGUUAUUUUUCUGUCGGUCGAGCAGUGGAUUGACUAAUUGCUUCAGCUCUCCAUGGUUUAUCUAUUCAAAUGAUAGUUUUGGUUCCUGUUUUGCGUAUUUGGUUUUAUGGAACCAUUUUCAUUUAGUUAAAAGUCCUUAUUGCCCAACAGUGACUCAAAUCUUCAAUUUCCAGUUGAACAGUAAAGGUUUCUGACCCAGACAAAAGUGUAGGAACUCAGAAAUCAGGAGUCCAGACUGAGCUGACUGUGGACACAAAAUGCCUUGAGAUACCAUGAGAUAAUCAGUUCCCCACUGAAGUUUUUUUUAAUGCAGAUAUUAAUAUGUUGAACUUCACGUCACAAAUCAAAGUUUUUAAAAUGUUUACAUAAGUGCUUAAAACAGAAAACGUUUCAUUAUUACAGAGCAAAAUAUGUGAAGCUAAAACGUCCCCUGAUCAUUCGGGGAGUUUACUCCUCCAGGUCGGCUCAGGAGGAGACUAAAGUAUACAAAACCAAGAUCAAGAUCAGUUUAAAGUAAAAGACUGAAGAGUUUGUCAGAUGUGCACUUGUUUAGAGUUAAAAAAAAAAAAAAUAAAAUAGUUGCAAGCUGUCCCGCACUUCAAGUAACAAACGUUAGUGAAUGUGGUCUCUGUCAGAGUGUUUUCAGUUGGUUUUACCGAACAGUGUUAACAGUAUUAGUCUGUUUUAAUUUUCUGUCCUUGUGUGUCCUCUGUAUGUUUUUUUUCCAAACAAUGGCAGUAUUAGAACCCUUUUCACAGAUUAAAAAAAAAAAAUGUACCUGUUUAGUUUUUAGAAGACUUUUUUAUAUUUAUGUGUCUUAUUUUUAUAUUUUCUUUUAUGGUUAUUUAUUACACAUUGUAGUGUACAUUACUGUAGUUUGAAUUGAUACAAUAAUAUAUUUUAGUAUGAAAAAUAAUCUCAAGACAAACAAAAAUCCCAAAAUGUGGUUCUGGGAGCUGAAGUUUGUUUAAAAAAAAAAAAAAAGCAUAAAAAAGAUAAGACAUGUAUUCUGUAAACAUGACUUCUGUUUAAGCUAAAAAAAAGAAAAAAGACAGGAAUGAAUUGAGAAAUAGAAACUGUUACAUGUGCAUCCGCUCUGCGUCGUUAUGAAGCUACUGAAUUCUAAAAACUCUGUGAUUUUAAAAGCAUGAGUCGUCGCUGUUUUAAUGAAGGGUCUUGCUAUGAAGACGUUACUCCUCCCUCUUUAUUUGGAAGCCAAAUUCAGAUUGUCCCACCGCCCUGUUUUCUGUUCUGUGCCAACUCGUUCCAUUGUACUGUCGAAGGCUGCAUAUUGUUUGUCCUCUACGCACCCUUUGUAAAUCCACUGUCUUUUUGUAUUGUUUUUACUUUAGUUCUGCUCCAUUUUUAUGACUCCCCAUCACAAUAAAAUAUAAGACAGAA